AUGGGGUCCCGAGCCCAGAAGAUCAUGACUCAGCCCAUCAGCCUCAUUUUCCGCUUCUUGCAAAAUCGCACUCGAGUGGAGAUAUGGCUAUAUGAUAACCCUCAAACUCGUAUCCAAGGUUGCAUUAUAGGUUUCGAUGAGUACAUGAAUCUUGUUCUCGACGAAGCUGUUGAGGUAGUGGAAAAGAACAGUUCCUCCACAAAGCUCGGCCGAAUCCUACUCAAGGGGGAUACCAUCACUAUGCUCACCGCUGCGCCACGAUGA